UUGUAAUACAAUUCCUCAUAAGUAGCAUUAUGUGGUUGUUAAAAUAGAAAAUUUAACAUUUUUAAAAAAAAUUAAUCAGACAUUUCCAAUUUUUAAUUAACUUAUUUUCAAAAAAUGUAAGAUGAAAAAUUAACUAUGUACUACCUUUGAAGAUGUUGGAGAGUUGUAUACUAAGUAUCAAAAUGAUAAUGGCACGGAAACAGAAGUAGAUUUUUAUAAAAACCAACUUCAAAAAAGCUUUGAGGAAAUCGAUUACUUGCGUCAAUAAUAGUGAUUUUAAAACUGGGUACCACGAGCAUUCACUAGGUGUGCUUGUUGAAAACCACUGGUAUAUAAUAUGUAAUAAUAUUAACACUUAAAUUAUAGGUAGAGAAUACAUUUAUUUUGCAUACUUUACUUUAUACUUUAAAAAUACAUUCAGAAUAGGUACAUAUUUUACAUAAUUAUUUACAGCAAUAUCACACAUUGCAAAACAUGUUAGUGGAAAAAAAAAAUGAAAGCAAUCAUUAUGCAAAGGAGGUGGUUCAACUGGACGCAGAAAAUAAGUCCCUCGCAGAUGAAGUUGUUACAUUGAAAGUUAAGGAAAAAAGACUGACUGAAAAAGUUAAAGUACUACAAACAAAAAAUGUAAUUUUGGAAGAAGAAAUUGAAAAUUUAAAACAGAAUGUAGUAGACAAAGAAAACAAAUCCGACACAGAUGAAGUUGUUAUAUUGAAAGUUAGGGAAAAAAGGCUGACCGAAAAAGUUACAUUACUAAAAACAAAAAAUUUAAGUUUGGAAGAAGAAAUUGAAAAUUUAAAACAGAAAUUUGCAGUGAGCCAAUGUGAAUUAAAUGCUCUUACGCAAGCUACUAGCUCAAAUGUAGAUGAAGUAUGUGAAAAAGUAGAAGGUUUAACAAUAGAUACUGCUACAUACUCUGAUCCAGACAUUAGCCAUAUUAGUUAUUCUGAAAAAUGCGAUGAAUGGUGGUGCCCAAAGCACAGUGACUUCAAUGAGAUCUUAAAAAAGAUCUCGCUCAAAGAACAGUCCGUGGAAGAUCGCUAUUUAGUGAGAAAGGCUAAAGCCAGACAUACUUACUGGCAAGGCGAAAAAAAUAAAAAUACACCAAGGUGCCCAAUGCAGGACAAUAAAAAAGGCACACCUAAUCGCUACCAAGCACCAACUUUUUGGCCGAGUCCGCUUCAACAAUAAAUAUUUCUAAAAAAAAAUAAAAUUUAAUUACAU